UUCCAUCCCCAUGGAGACCGCACAGCCAUGGGCGACCGGUCCGGCCGGCGGAACCGGAAGCGCUCAGACAGAGGCCGGGGCACCGCCGGAUGCCUUGGAUCAUAGAGCGGCGCUGAGUUCUCUUCUCCCCGUCUCUAUGACCUGCGCAGGCUGCUGGACGGCGAAGACUCCAUUUCCCAUAGUGCUGCAGGGGAGGGCGCGACGCGACGCGGAAGUGCCUGGCGUGGGGCGUGGCUGUAAGGGGGGAGGUGCAGUCCCUGCUGCUGGAGUGAUGCCCACCUUUCAGUUCUUGCCCUUCUUGGCGCUGCUGGGCACCCUGGGGUUCCUGUGUGUGGUGUUCACAGGGUUCUGGUCCCAGCACUGGCGUGGAGGCUUUGCCUGGGAUGGCUCCGCCAAGAUGUUUAACUGGCACCCGGUCUUCAUGGUGACGGGCAUGCUGGUGCUGUAUGGGGGAGCGGUGCUGGUGUACCGGGUGCCCAGCUCCUGGGUGGGCCCCAAGCUCCCGUGGAAGCUGCUGCAUGCGGCGCUGACCCUGGCAGCCUUUGUCCUGGUCGUGCUGGGUCUCGUCGCAGUCUUCGGGUUCCACAAUGCCCAGAACAUCCCCAACAUGUACUCGCUGCACAGCUGGUUGGGGCUGGCAGCUGUGCUGCUCUUCUCUUGCCAGUGGCUCAUGGGAUUCGCUACUUUCCUGUUACCCUGGUCCCCUGCCUGGCUGCGAAUUAUCUACAAGCCCAUUCAUGUCUUCUUCGGCUCCACCAUCCUCGCGCUGGCCAUGGCAGCAUCCAUCUCCGGCAUUAACGAGAAGCUCUUCUUCAGCCUGACGAACAAGACGGUUCCCUACGCCAAACUCCCCCCUGAGGCCUGGUUCGCCAAUUCUCUGGGGAUGCUGAUCUUGGCCUUUGGGUUGCUGGUGCUGUGGGCUCUCGCCAUGCCGGCCUGGAAGCGCCCAGAGUCACUGGAAGCCCAACAGCCCCUGCUCCAUUAGGACAAGUGAAGCAGCCGCCUGGAUGAGCCGCUGCCCAGACUCUCUGGUGAGAAGGGCAGCUCGGUGCUCCUGCUGUUGGCGCUGAGCCGUCUCUGGAGUCUGGCCAGCACGGAGCCAAGGGGUGGAGGUGCUCUCCGUGCUCCCUCACCACCCGGCUGCUCUCCCGGAUCCCUGGCUCUUGCCACUCCCCUGCCUUCUGCUGUGGGUUCCUGCACAUGCUGCUGCUUUCUGGGAUUCACCAGGCAGCCUUGGCCCCUCUUGCCAUUGUGCUGCUGUGCCUUAGGGGCCCUGGCUGAUGCUACGGCCUAGAUCAAGUGGCCCGAACUAAAAUAAAAGCCUGCUUUGGGGCGCUUGCCCUGGCGUUGGCUCUGCUGGAGGUGGGGGCCAGAGCCUGUGCUGGCCACUCAGCUGUAGCAGCGUGCAUGUGCCCGGGGCAUCAAAGUGCCAAGCUCCAGCCAGCUUCCCUUUCCCACUGCCUGCCUAGAUCUGCCACCUGCUUCUGCUCUCUGGCGCUGUCCCCUGCAACCCUGGGAGACUCUGCUAGGGCUCAGAGCAUUUGCUCUCCAUGGGGUUUGCUUCCAGCUCCGGUCAUACUCCCUCUCCCUUGUCCCAGCUCUUUGAGUGGAGGAAGCAGUUACAUUUCCUCCUGCCAGGAGAGGGCUGCAGAGCAGGAAGCUGUUGUCCAUGCUUCGCUGUGAUGUGCAGGUGGGCCAGGGAGUCCUGCUGCAGUGCCCCCGACUGCCCUGGGGAUGCUAAGGUGGGAGGAGCUGUCCAGGGCCAUGCUGUUCACUCCUCUGCCCAGGAUCCACAGAUAAACUCUCUGUACUGAGCUUCUCUGACUAGUAGAACAGCUCAGGCUCAGAAUCCACUCACCUGCAGCUCUCUGUUUGGAUCUAGGCUGUAUUGCCAACUCUGGGGCUGUAUCACAGCCCCACCCUGCAGUCCUACACCAGCCGCAGGUCUGCCUUUCCUACCUCAUGUGGGGUGUCUGGCUCUGGCCUCAGCUGCACUGACUGCUGAAAGCCACCCCAUCAAGAAUUUCCAAGUGCUUGGGCCUGGAGGCUCUCUAGUGCCUGGCCAAUUCAGUCUUCAUGGCUGGCCUCUCCCAGGUCCCGGCUCAGCGCAGGCAGGCACCGUGAGCUAUAUCUCCUCCCAGUGCUUAUGCACUACCAUGGGCAUGAUGUAAUUUGGGGGCUGUACAACAGACACUUGCUGCUGUUGCCUGACCCAGCCACCACUAAUGAAAAUGGACUCAACGCUUACAUGUGCUUUGGUGGCAUCUGCCAUGAGCUGCUCAGAAGUUUGAGACAAGAUCCUGUCCAUUCUGGGCACUGGAUCUGCCAGGGGUGGUGUGGGGUCCCCAUGAAGCAGAUACUUCACUCUGUUUUAAGGAUUCAUGUACAGGAUAUGGGCUAAAUUGUUCGCCAGGUAUUAAUUCCUCCCAUCCCCACAUGAUGCAACAGAUGGGGACAUGAUGGGAAGGGUUCAGUGCCCCAGAGAAGGGCAGAUAGGAAGUAUGGUUGACUCAAGGGGGAAUAUUUCCCCAUCACUGAUUGCAGGGGAGUAGGACGGGUGGCCCGUCCUAUCCUCUAUGGCUGUGAGUUCUGCUCCUUGGAGUUGUGUGCUAUUGCGGUAGGUUGGGAGUGAGCCCACUUGGCUCAAGCUGAGAUCGUAGGAAGACACUGGAGGCCUCAUUAGGAGUGUUUCCAGAGAGAGGCAAUUAAAUGUAUUUGUUGUAUAGUAUGUGAGAAGCUGCCCAGCCCCAGGGGGUUUGAUAGCAUCCACACAGAGGCUCAGUACAUGUUACUGGAGAGGUGGAAUGCAGCUACAGCUGGUUGGAAUUUUGAGUUUUUUGUCCCCUGGGAAAUUCUCUGACUUCCAAAUCUCUGGCUUUGUCCUGAUCUGGGAUGCUAAAUCAGUGGCAGGACUGUGUGUGACACAAAGCACAGUGAGGAUUUCAGUUUGACUUGUUACCUAGAAUAGUGAAACAUUUGACAGGGAUGAUUUUCCCCAAACAUUCAGCUAACUCCAGGCAUUCCCCAAAAUGCACUGACUGUGUCAAUCAGCGAUUUCUGAUGGAAAACUGCUUGUGGAAAAUGUCCAACCAGCUCUGUAGACAACCUUGAAAAAUCAGGUAUCAGAGGGGUAACCGUGUUAGUCUGGAUCUGUAAAAGAAGCAAAGAGUCUUGUGGCACCUUAUAGACUAACAGACUUUUGGAGCAUGAGCUU